ACAGCUAAAAGCUUAGACAUCCUCCCCCGCUCUUUCCUCUCCUUCGCUCAAAUCCAAACGCACGCUAAACCAAUCAGAUCCGAAACCCGACAACCCGGUUCAGAUCCGAGACCCGAUAGCCCGCUGAUGUCGGCGUCGAAGGGGAAGGGGUGGGUCGGGUGGCUGAUCGUGCUGCUGGUGCUGGCGCUUGUGGUCACCGCCGUCGUCGUCACCAUCACGAUGAAGAAGCACAAGGGCUCUUCGGGCCUGGGGCCGGUGCCCGGACCCCCCGGUGAGAUCACCGCCAAGUAUUCCGAUGCUCUCGGCGUCGCUCUGCAGUUCUUCGACGUCCAGAAAUCUGGUAAAUUGGUGGACAACAAGAUCAAAUGGAGAGGGGAUUCAGCUCUAAAUGAUGGGAAGGAAGAAGGACUUGACCUAUCGAAAGGAAUGUAUGAUGCUGGAGACCACAUGAAGUUCAACUUUCCAAUGGCUUUCACCGCGACGGUUCUAUCGUGGUCCAUAUUGGAGUAUGGGGAUCAGAUGGACGCAGUGAAUCAGCUGGAUUCAGCGAGGGGCUCUCUCAAGUGGAUCACUGAUUAUCUAAUCAAUUGCCAUCCUAAAGAUGAUUUGCUAUAUAUUCAGGUUGGUGAUCCUGAUUUAGAUCACAAAUGCUGGGAAAGACCGGAAGAAAUGACUGAGAAAAGGCCCCUGAAACAGGUUGACGCAAAGACUCCAGGAACAGAAGUCGCUGCAGAAACAGCAGCAGCCAUGGCUGCAGCUUCAAUGGUCUUCAAAUCAGUGGACUCUACCUAUUCCGAUUCACUUCUCCAGCAUGCCCAGAAGCUCUUUACCUUUGCUGAUACUCAUAAAGGUUCUUAUAGUGUCAGCAUCCCAGAUCUUCAGAAAUACUAUAACUCUACGGGCUACGAAGAUGAACUUCUUUGGGCAGCUACCUGGCUCUAUCAUGCCACUGGAGACCAGUCAUAUCUCAGUUAUGUAACUGUACAAAAUGGAGAAGAUUUUGCUGAUUGGGGAAGACCAACUUGGUUUAGUUGGGAUGAUAAGAGAGCAGGAACGCAGGUUCUCUUAUCCAGAGUAAACUUUUUCGCCUCCAAGCAAGCUUCAAAUGCAGAAAGCAAGGGGCUUCAGAUGUACAAGAAAACAGCUGAAGCUGUUAUGUGCGGUCUUUUACCAGAUUCCCCAACGGCUACUGAUAGUAGAACAGAUGGUGGUUUAAUAUGGAUUGAUCAGUGGAAUGCACUUCAGCAUCCAGUGGCUGCUUCAUUCCUUGCUGUAGUUUACAGUGAUUACAUGCUUACUUCCCGUACAGAGUCAUUUUCAUGCAGUGGGUCAUCCUAUACAUCAGAAGAUCUCCGCAACUUUGCAAAAUCACAGGCUGACUACAUCUUGGGCGACAACCCAAUGAAGAUGAGCUACCUCAUAGGCUACGGUGACAAAUACCCACAACAAGUUCACCACAGGGGCGCAUCCAUCCCUGCCAAUGCCAACACAGGCUGCAAGGGCUUCAAGUGGCUAGAAUCAAAAGAUCCAAACCCUAAUGUCGCUAUGGGUGCACUUGUGGGUGGCCCUUUCAAGAAUGACUCAUAUAUUGACCUGCGAAACAAUUCAAUGCAAGGCGAACCAACGACUUAUAACAGCGCCAUUAUCGUCGGACUUUUAUCUGGCCUCGUGACUACAUCUUCGAUUGCUCAAUCCCUAAGCUAAGUAUGUUUUAGGGUUCGGUGGUCUUUGCUUGAUUUGCUAUUAUCUGGCAUCGUGACUACAUUUUCGGUUGCCCAAUCCCUAAGCUGAGCAUUUCUUAGGGUUCAUUGGUCUUUGAUCAAUUUGUGAUAUAAUGUGUGUGCAAUUCGUUGUAUCAAUGUGAGCAAGCCUGAAUGUUGUGAUGCUGUAUGUUCUGGUAAGUUCGAUUGUUCUGCAUUGUGCAUAUGUAAUUUUUUUGCAGAUCACAUGAUUCAUGAUCUUCUGUUGAUUUGUUCGGGCUGUAAUUUUUUGGUUUUCAUCUUUGUAGGUAUAGGAAAGGGGAAUGUGUUUGUAAUAGAAAUGUGAUCUUCUCGAGAACUUCUUUAAGGGUACAGUUGAUUUUUUACAGUGUGUACUCCAUAUAAUUGCUUGGAAACAUUUCAGUAGUAUUUCGGCUGAAAAUUAUGGCCAACUGGUAAACUAUUGAUUA